AUGGCGGAUCGCAAGGCUGUCAUCAAGAACGCAGAUAUGGCUGAGGACAUGCAGCAGGAUGCCAUCGACUGUGCCACACAAGCACUGGAGAAGUACAACAUCGAGAAGGACAUUGCUGCUUUCAUCAAGAAGGAGUUUGACAAGAAGUACAAUCCCACUUGGCAUUGCGUGGUGGGACGCAAUUUCGGAUCUUAUGUGACCCAUGAGACGAAGCACUUCAUCUACUUCUACCUAGGCCAAGUGGCGAUCUUGUGCUUCAAGUCCGGGUGA